AAUACGAACAGGUUUCAGACGUCAUUCAGAAUGUGGUUUGCUAUUUUGUUUUUGCUGGCACUGCCGCUGAUCGUUCUCGUGUACUUUGAACUGAGGGCCAGCCGUCGCAGGCAAAUGCUCAAGGAAUUCAAUGGACCCACUCCUGUGCCCGUGCUGGGCAAUGCCAAUCGUGCGGGCAACACUCCCGCAGAGAUACUGGCGACAAUAUUCGACUGGUGGCAAGAGUACGGCAAGGAUAACUUUGUCUUCUGGAUCGGCUAUACACCGCACAUAGCCAUCACCAAUCCGAAGCACCUGGAGUACAUUCUGAACAGCCAAACGCUGAUACAGAAGUCCGCCGUUUAUGACCUGCUGCAUCCGUGGCUGGGCUACGGACUGCUGACCAGCCAUGGCAGCAAGUGGCACAAACACCGCAAGAUGAUCACGCCCUCGUUCCACUUCAACAUUCUGCAGGACUUUCACGAGGUGAUGAAUGAGAACUCCACGAAGUUUAUGGCACAACUGAGGCGGGAUGCCGCCGGGGAUAGCAUCAUAGAUUUCCAGGAUCAAACGCAUUACCUCACGCUGGACGUGAUCUGUGACACGGCCAUGGGUGUGCCCAUCAAUGCGAUGGAGCACCGCAACUCUGCCAUUGUGCAGGCCUUCAAAGACAUGUGCCUGAGCGUCAACAUUCGAGCCUUCCAUCCGUUCAAGCGCUCCAAUCGCAUACACAGUCUGUCGCCCGAGUAUGCGGCCUACCAGCGUACGCUGAAGACGCUCCAGGACUUCACCUACGACAUCAUUGAGAAGCGCGUGGAGACGCUGCAGGCGGGAGUCAAGAACGAGUCGGAUUCCUCCUCGCCGCGGAAGAAGAUGGCCUUCCUGGACACGUUGCUCUCCUCGACCGUCGACGGUCGUCCACUGACACGCCAGGAGAUCUACGAGGAGGUGUCCACGUUUAUGUUCGAGGGUCACGACACAACCACCUCAGGAGUGGCAUUUGCUGGCUAUCUCCUCUCCAGGCACCCAGAAGCGCAGCAAAAGAUGUACGAGGAGCAGUGCGAUGUCAUGGGCAGCGAGCUGGACAGGGAUGCCACCUUCCAGGAGAUAGCGCAGAUGAAGUAUCUCGAUCUGUUCAUCAAGGAGGCCCAGCGUGUGUACCCCAGUGUGCCCAUAAUUGGCCGCUAUGCGGACAAGGACUACAUGAUCAAUGGCACCCUCGUGCCCAAGGGAACAACUCUCAAUCUGGCGCUCGUUUUGCUCGGCUACAACGAUCGCAUCUUUAGGGAUCCCCACCACUUCCGACCGGAGCGAUUCGAACAAGAGAAGCCCGGCCCAUUCGAGUAUGUGCCGUUCAGUGCCGGUCCACGCAAUUGUAUUGGACAGAAGUUUGCCCUACUUGAGCUGAAGACUGUGAUCUCAAAGCUUGUGCGCUCCUUCGAGGUGCUACCCGCCGUCGAUGAACUCCUCUCCACCGAUGGGGAGUUGAACACCUACCUGGGAAUGGCGCCCGACAAAAAGCAGAAGCGAGAGGCGAGCCGCCACAAGUACGAUCCCAUUCUAUCCGCCGUGCUCACACUUAAGUCUGACAAUGGCCUCCAUUUGCGCCUCAGGGAGCGCAGGCACUAGUUUUGGCUAUAGGUUUACUCUUUUAUUUCUAGUUUAUCAAUUAAUAUAUGGACUUUUGACCAUUUA